AUGCCAUUCUACUCCGGGUCCAGUCGCUCCAAGAAGGCACGCAAAGACGGUUCUAACAGAACCUCAACGGCGUCUGUGGUCUCAACGGGCUCUCAUGCUACUUCCAAGGGCUCUCGGUCCUCGGUGGAAAAGUCCAAGAAAGAAAGUUCGCCUACGCAGUCCGCGGCCUUAAAGCACGCUGUACCAGCUUCGACUGAGGCGCCAAAAACGCAGGAUGCUAAACCCAAGCCGACCGAGUCGGAGAAAAAGCCUCCCAACGUGUUUGAAUACCUCGAGGAUGACUCGGAAUCGGAGAUAUCUUCCUCGUCGGAGGACGAUGACGACAGCUUGCAGUCGUCGAAAUCGUCCGUAGGGGCACCCCCUGCGCAACCCAAGGUUGCAUAUGCUGCACCUGCCGGACGCCAGCCUAUCUCCACAACCCCGGCAGCAAACGGACGCAGUCGAACCUCCUCGAUGAAAUCCAAAGGCUCCAUGGAUUCCCACAAUUCCACCGGUCCCUAUAACAUCUCACCAACCACGGUGCCCCUGCAGUUAGCUAGACACAACCCUUCCCAUCGAAAGUACUCCACAGAUGGGUCCUACGUCUCGGGUCCUUUGCCCGAUGGCUCCAACCACCCGGCUAGACGCAACCUUGAUAUAGUUACGUCGCCGGAAGCAUACUAUCCAUCGCGAAAUCCCGCCCCUUUUCACCGGCCUCCGCUUCCGCCUUCUCCUCCUCGAAGUCCCGGGGAGGAUCUCCACCGAGUUAGCCGGAGAUCUAGAAGAAACACCAAGACUGCUCACAUACCGUCUGGCUACGGACUCCUUUCCUGGCAGCUGGACUCAUCCGCAGAGGGUAAAGAAACCUCGCUCCCUCCGCUUUAUCGCCGGUUUGAAAGUGUGAACCACCGUGUGCUACUACACCUGCAGGAUGAAAUUGCACACCUCGAAGAAGAAUUGCACAUGUUGGAUGAGUACGAAGAAAUGCACCGGAUUGCUGCCGCCGAUCAAGAGGGGACCAAGGUUUUGCCUGCCUCACGACGCAUGGAUGUCCAGGCGCAGGUGUACUCGUCCCUCCAUUAUCGGAGGGAAGAAGUGAUGGGGGUUUUGGUACACAAGACCCAACAAUACAACACUGCCCUCAGCGCAUAUAGUAAAGUCUUGCAAACAUUACCUCGCGCCUCGGAACAGGAUACCGAGACAUACCGUACCUGGAUGAAAGAACAUAAUCCCAUUGCAGCAGCUGAAACGCGUUUCCUUGACCACGCCCAGGACCUCAUCUCUCUCGCACCGCGCACCGUCUCCAGCCCCUCCAACUCUUCGGUCUACUCGGCCAUCAUCAUUGCCUCAGCCGCCAUUCUCCUCCCACUACUGUCGUUUGCCAUGAUUGCUGAAUUUUCUGGUCGUCUGCUGGUUGUCGCUGUCGUGGGGGGCGCCGCGGCUGCCAUUGCAUCCAACUCUUCGAGCGGUGCCGAACAAUUGGUGGCGUCCCAGGACGGCUGGAGAUGUGCAUCACUAUAUUUCGGCUUCAUGACCAUAGCCGCGAUGUUCAUUCCUUAA